GUAGAGACAGGAGGGAGACUAAUAAAAAUAAAAUACGGGACAGGCGGCGCAGCAUUUGUGGGACAAAGCUCCACCCCGGAGCACCGCAUAAUGCAGGCGCUGCUGCUGCCUUCGCGGCCUGGGGUUCGAUCCGCCGGGCUGCUGGUGGCCUCCUCUCCGCCGCAUCCGCCGCGUCAAUCUAAAACCCUUGUCACCGUCCCCCUUUCCCCCACCGUCGCCCCUCUCUUCCGUCGUCCCAGUCUCUCUUUCUCUCCUUCCAGAGUCCUCGCCCCAUACUCUUUUUCCUUCUCUUUCGUCUCCGCCGCAUCGCCAAUCCACGAGCCUGCGAGCCGGACCGCGGCGCUCGCGGCCGCCACUUUCCCUUCUGCUGCCGAUGAUGAAUCGGAGAGGGCAAAGCUCGCGCAGUGGCCAAAUGAGCAGGUCUCCAAGAGGUUAGAGAGCACUGCUAGAUAUUUCAAGCGGUUGGGAAGUGCAGGAUUUUGGGGGCAACUUGUGUGCACUGUUGUGGCAGCUGUAAUUUUAUCAUUCUCUGCAGUUGUUACUGGGAAGGUCACAUCAUCAGUUACAUUUUAUACGACUGCUGGUGGUAUUGCAGCAGCAUUUGUGUCAGUCUUUUGGUCAUUUGGUUACAUUCGGCUAUCAGAAAGACUUAGAAGAACAGCUAAUGAGCCUGCAAAGGCUCCUCCACGUGCUGACGUGGUAAAAAGCUUAAAAAAUGGUAUAGUGCUAAAUCUUUUAGGCAUGGGUGCUGCAAUUCUAGGUAUGCAAGCAACUGUUGGGUUAUUGGUUGCAAAGGCCCUUACAUCAUCAGUAAUUCCAUACUACCAGGGGAUUUCCCCUGGGAAGAGUCCUGUUUUGGCUUUAGAUAUUUUCCUGGUGCAGGCUUCAGCCAACACUAUACUUUCUCAUUUCUUGGGACUUGUUUUCUCAUCAGAACUGCUGCGAUCAGUCACAUUGCCACAUGUGGAAGCUAUUCCUGUUCCAAAACCUGCAUAGCUUGCUUGUGAAUAUAAUAAAAUCUGUGUUGCUCCUGUAGCCGCCCUUGUUCCUUUUUCCUUGAAGUCUAGCCACUUUUGGUUGAACCUGUUAUAAACAGAGUUGAACAUUCAAGGGUACAUGUUUCUGUAUACAAAAUAUUUGCAAUUGACCAAGGUGGCUUAGAUCCAGAACAGUGUUCUGUUGUCUGAACUGAGGUAGAAGCCGUUAUAUCUGUAGUUUUGUUUCCCUUGCAAUUUGACUGGCUGGACAAAUGAAAGUCGUUCUGAGACGAUCUACUGUAAUAGGCACACAGCUGGCAUUUCGUGAAAUACUUUGCCGCUCCAGCCUAGCUUUGCAGACAUGUGGUCCUCUAUCUGUACUCAUUGAAGCUUGAUAUAGAGGUAAUGUUCCUGAGGACUACGAAUGCUAGCAGCGGUUACCUACUUGUAACAAGCAUGGCUUCUUAUGAAAGAACCUUGUUGAGCUCCCUCGUCUUGCUUUAUUGAAGUCUGCUUCACAGCCACCAGCUGCUAGUUGAGUUAGGCUACGAAUAUGCUUGUGAACAGUUUCAAAUAGCUCUCAUGUUUGUUUUGCUCUAAUGACAGGCUCUCGUAUUAUCCAAUUCUGAGAGUCAUUUCCAGCCAUGUGGCGUUGUAAAAAUUGAGGGUGGUUCGACUUGAAUGCAUCUAACGCCUUCCUGCACCUUUAGUCCCUGAUUUAUGUGGGGCUAUAGAAGAUUGUCUUCCCAAUAAUAUUCGGAGAU